AUGUUGAGAGCUCGACAACUCUUACGCUCAAUGCACACCGUGGCCAAGCGCCAGCACACCUCUCGAACCUUGACCAUAGCUACACAAGGGAUACAGACGUCGGUGACGGAAACCACCAAUCAUUCCCGCAAGUUGUCCGUUACCACAGGGCAGGAACAACACAAACGCUCGUUACCUGCAAGCACGGAUAAGUUUAUUGGCAUGACCGGAGCCGAGAUUUUUCACGAGACGUUGGCAGAGAUGGGAGUUGAUUGCGUUUUCGGCUAUCCGGGUGGUGCGAUUCUUCCAGUGUUUGACGCGAUUCACGAGAGUAAACACUUUGACUUCAUUCUUACAAGGCACGAACAGGGUGCUGGCCACAUGGCUCAGGGCUACGCCCGCGCUACUGGCAAGCCGGGUGUUGUUCUGGUGACUUCUGGCCCUGGUGCCACCAACACUGUUACGCCUCUGCAGGAUGCGCUAAUGGACGGUACUCCCAUCGUUGUCUUUAGUGGUCAAGUAGCUACUCAGGUGCUGGGCACGGAUGCUUUUCAAGAAGCUGACGUGCUGGGAAUUACUCGCCCGUGCACUAAGUGGAAUGUGCAGGUUCGUGAUGUACGGGAUCUGGCACGCAACAUUCGAGAAGCCUUUCACAUUGCUACAACCGGCCGGCCUGGCCCUGUGCUUGUCGACCUGCCCAAAGACAUCACGGCUGGACUGUGCAAGAGCUCCGUCAUCACUGAGCCUCAGCUACUGGGCUACUAUGGCGAGAAGAAGAUUGAAGGCAACCGUGUUAACCAAGAUGCCAAUCUGGCUGCCGCUGUAAAGAUGAUUAACAAUGCAAAAAAACCACUCAUUUUUGCCGGUGCUGGUGCUCAACAUGCCAGCGUUGAGCUUCGUAAGUUUGCGCGCCAAGCUAAUAUUCCUGUGACUACGUCAUUGCAAGGUAUGGGUGCCUUUGACGAGCGUGAUCCGCUUAGUCUGCACAUGCUGGGCAUGCACGGCUCGGUGUACGCUAACAAAGCGAUGCAGGACGCUGAUUGCAUCAUUACACUUGGCGCACGCUUCGAUGACCGUGUAACAGGCCGCGUCCCGGACUUUGCGCGUGAAGCCCGACGUGCAUCUGCUGAGGGUCGAGGUGGCAUUAUCCAUUUCGAAAUCACUGGCAAACAAAUAGGAAAGAUUGUGCCUGCUGACGUGGCCGUGCUAGGUGAUACCAAGUACAACUUGCAACAGAUUUUGCCUAAGGUUGAAAGUAAGCCGCGCACUGAAUGGCACAAAAAGCUCCAGGGAUGGAAGACAAGAUAUCCAUUUCGAUACCGUGCGGCGGCUCCUGGUGCACCAUUGAAGGCUCAACGUGUUAUAGAGGAGCUGUAUAAACAAACAAAGGGUCGUGAUGAUGUACUUAUUACCACGGGUGUGGGCCAGCAUCAGAUGUGGGCCGCUCAAUUCUACCGCUGGUCGUAUCCUAACUCGAUCAUCACUUCCGGCGGUCUGGGUACGAUGGGCUUUGGUCUUCCGGCAGCCAUUGGUGCAAAGGCAGCAAAGCCCGACAACAUUGUUAUUGAUAUUGAUGGAGAUGCCAGCUUUUCCAUGACGCUUGCCGAAAUGGCUACUGCGGCAGAAUUUAAUAUUGGAGUAAAGGUUCUUUUGCUGAAUAAUAAUUUUCAAGGAAUGGUGAAGCAGUGGCAAGAUCUUUUUUACGAGGAGCGGUACUCGGCUACUAAAAUGUCAAAUCCGGACUUUGUGAAGUUUGCCGAGUCGAUGAAUUGCGAGGCAUUCCGCUGUACAAAGGAAGACACAUUAGAAGAAGAUAUGACCCGGUUUCUCGCUGCCAAGGGCCCCAUCUUGGGAGAAUUUAUGGUUGAAAAAAACGAACAUUGCUAUCCUAUGGUCGGAGCUGGCCGUUCGCUGGAUGAAAUGAUUAUUGGCGACUUUGAUGACUGCCCAGGUACAACCUCGGUCUGA